CCCGAGAGCGGUGGCCGUGUCCGCGGUGCUGCGCGCGUGGCGGCCCGUGGCGCCGCGGCUCUCACCACCAUGGAUACAGCUCUUCGGUGGGCUUGAGACCAGUCAUGUGACAGAGGCGCGGCGGGCCAUGGUACCCUCUGCCCCUGCCCUCCUUCUGCUGUCUCUGCUCCAUCUGUCGACCGCCGAAAACCCCAGACAGUUCCGGAUCGGCGGCAUCCUCUCCAGCGCCGAGAACGAGCAGACCUUCAAUGAAACAAUCCAGGAACUGAACGAAAAUAAGAGCUAUGUAUCCCGUACCUCUACCCUAUAUGUUUCUACGAUACGAAUGGAGGAGAACCCGAUUCGAACGGCCCUCAACGUCUGCAAGCAUCUCGUCAACUCGCAGGUGUACGCCAUGGUGGUCUCACACCCGAGCACCGGCGACAUCUCGCCGGCGGCCGUCUCCUACACGUCCGGCUUCUAUCACAUCCCCGUCGUGGGGAUCACUUCCCGAGAUAGCGCCUUCUCUGACAAGAACAUCCACGGCUCAUUCCUGCGCACGGUGCCGCCGUUCUCGCAUCAGGCCGACGUCUGGGUGGAUCUGCUCAAGAUGCUCGGCUACACCCAGGUCAUCUUCAUGCACAGCUCGGACGCCGACGGCCGCUCCGUGUCCAGUCGCUUCCUGGCGCAGGCCCAGAGUAUGGACUCGCCCGACACCGACAUCAAGCCGCUGCACCAAUCUCAUCCGGCCGACGGUGCCAAAAAGUCCAAUAUUUUUAAUGUGGAAGACGUGGUUGAGUUUGAGCCGGGCCUGACCAGGUUCCGGGAGCAGCUGCUGACCGUCCGCGCCCUCCAGUCACGCGUCUACCUGCUCUACGCCAGCCAGAACGAUAGCAAGAUCAUCUUCAACGACGCGGCGUUCCUGAACAUGACGGAGGUGGGCUACGUGUGGAUCGUGACGGAGCAGGCGCUGGAGGCGCCCACGGUGCCGGCAGGCGUGCUUGGCUUCCGACUAAGCGCUUCGGACGAGACCAGACACAUCAAGGACAGCUUGUACGUGCUGGCAUCCGCCUUGAAAGAGAUGACCGCCAAGGAGAACAUUACCGAGGCGCCCAAGGACUGUAACAACACCGGUGACGGCUGGGAGACCGGCAAAAAGCUGUUCGGGUACAUCCGCCAGCAGGUGCUCCUCGACGGCUACACAGGCAAGGUGGCGUUCGACGACAACGGCGACCGCAUCAAUGCCGAGUAUGACGUCAUCAACACCGACAGCAGGCGCGACAAACGCAUCGUGGGCAACUACGCCUACUCGAAGAGCCUACGCCGAAUGGACCUGAAGCUGGAGACAAGCAAGAUCAUCUGGCCGGGCGGAAGCAACGUGAAGCCGGACGGCGUGAAGAUCCCCACCCACCUGAAGGUGCUGACGCUGGAGGAGCGGCCGUUCGUCUACACCCGCCGCCUAGAGCCUGGCCAGAGCUGCAGCGACGUGGAGACGCGCUGCCCUUGGCACAGCCACUCCGGCGAAAGCGUGGAGUUUUGCUGCUGGGGCUACUGCAUCGACCUGCUGAAUAAACUGUCAGAGCGCGUCAACUUCACCUUCGAUCUGUUCCUGUCGCCUGACGGCGAGUUCGGCACCUUUGAGGCCAAGAACAUGACAGGCAAGAAGGAGUGGACGGGCCUGAUCGGCGAGCUGGUGCGCGAGAGGGCCGACAUGAUCGCCGCGCCGCUCACCAUCAACCCGGAGCGCGCCGCCGCCAUCGAGUUCAGCAAGCCGUUCAAGUACCAGGGCAUCACCAUCCUGGAAAGGCGGCAACCGCGCGCCUCGACGCUGGUGUCGUUCCUGCAGCCGUUCAAGCACACGCUGUGGAUACUGGUGCUGGUGUCGGUGCACGUGGUGGCGCUGGUACUGUAUCUGCUGGACCGUUUCUCGCCAUUUGGACGCCAGGCCAGCAAGGACAGCGGCAACGCCGACGAUGACGCCCUCAACCUCUCUUCGGCCAUGUGGUUUGCCUAUGGCGUCUUGCUCAACAGCGGGAUCGGUGAUGGCACCCCUCGUAGCUUCUCGGCCCGUGUACUGGGCAUGGUGUGGGCUGGCUUCGCAAUGAUCAUCAUCGCAUCGUACACUGCGAACCUGGCGGCCUUCCUGGUGCUGGACCGGCCGCAGACAAGACUGAGUGGCAUCAAUGACGCCAGGCUGCGGAACCCCAUGGAGAAUUUCUCGUACGCCACUGUGAAGGGAUCUUCGGUGGACAUGUACUUCAGGCGGCAAGUGGAGCUGAGCAACAUGUACCGCACCAUGGAGGGCAAUCACUUCACGACAGCUGAGCAGGCCAUCAAAGCCGUCAUCAACGGGUCACUGAACGCCUUCAUUUGGGACAGUUCGCGGCUAGAGUUUGAGGCGGCGCAAAACUGCGCCCUGGUCACGGCCGGCGAGCUGUUCGGCCGCUCCGGGUACGGCAUCGGCCUCAAGAAGGAGUCGCCCUGGGCCAAUCACGUGACGCUGGCCAUACUUCAGUUCCAUGAGAGUGGCUACAUGGAGCAGCUGGACAACACGUGGAUCUUCCAGAACCGCAAGGAGUGCGAGUCGCGGGAGAAGGCGCCGGCUACGCUGGGCCUGAAGAACAUGGCCGGCGUAUUCAUCCUGGUGCUGGCGGGCAUUGCCGGAGGCUGUGCGCUUAUCAUUGUGGAGAUCAUCUACAAGCGGCACAAGAUCCGCAACCAGCGCAAACUGGCGCUGGCCAAGAGCGCCGCAGACCGCUGGCGCGGCGCGGUGGAGAAGCGGCGCCGGCAGCGCGAAUCUCGUAUGCACAUGCGGCCCAACGGCGAGCCAGGCUUCUCGUCCGACCCGUUCGGCACCGACUUCAGCAGCGCCUUCUCCUGGAGCUCGCCCGACGUUAGGCAGAGGGUACUGCAGCCGCCGCCGCCGCCCACCCGCAGAAAGGUAUCUUUAUUAUUUCCGAAGUUAAUAUACGCCCGGAGUUCGGUUUUUGCUUUCAAGGAGCUGACUUUUCGGUAAGAAGAUAACGCUGCUUUGGCAUUGUGACGUUCUUUUCAGGCUUACUUUCACAUAUGAAAAGGAGAUUUAAUUCGAGUUUUCUUCCAGAGGUCUGAUUUAUUCCUCAACAUUGACGCUGUGGAUAUACAUGCUGGUUUGACAUGCAUAGUAAUGAGGUUUGUACGCCACAACUUACAGGCAUGAAUGCCCACCAGAAGACCUGAUUCAAUUUGAAAUAUUUAUUCCAAGUCUCCACUUCCAGUUACAAAAUAGAUCGAUGGCAUGUCUUAGCGCAUCAGUAGGCAGCAUCCAGAAUAUUACACGUUAAUAUGCAGCUUAAUGCCGCAGCGGCUCCUUGAGUGCCAUGCUGGCGAGCGGCGAGCGACGUUUCCUGUUGGUUUGAGCUCCACCAAAGGCAGCAUGUUUGAUAACUCAAAUAAAAUUAUUCACCACGCACACUGUGCCGUGGUAUUGCAUGGCACAACGAGGGUUCAUUAGCAUUAUCUGUGUUGUAAGUUUGUUAACAUCAUUAUAUGGUCCACCCGUGGUGGAAGGUCAGUGGAGACGCCAAAAACCGCUGCAGGUGACAGGCCCUUAGAACCCAUUCACUACUACUACCACUAAGAGGAUAGUGGCUAACCCAGUCACCACUGUUACUACUAAGAGGAUAGUGGCUAACCCAGUCACCACUGUAACUACUAAGAGGGUAGUGGCUAACCAAGCGUGCUCAGCUGGGAGUCAGACUGUCUUGUCACUCGUGUCGAUGAUUGUGCCUAUGAAGCUGUAUGAAUAGGUAUAUUCAGUUGUCAGAAGGCCUUCUGGAUAUCGAGCAGGGUGUGUGUACCUACAAAAUAGUAAUGACACCAUUAAUCCCAGCAAAUACGACCGACAUGCGUAUUGAUCCUUCUCAUCGACUACCCCACUUGGAAUCAUCUGCGUCGCAGGAUGGAUUGGGACCUAAUCGUGUGGGGGCCACAUGGCUGUGUAGGAAGCAGUCGACAAGUCCAAAAAACAAAUCAUCUGGCCGAAAUCGCGUCGUACAUCUUAUGGCUUGUGACUACUAUAAUUUCGUUGUGCAUGGGUGCAUUACUUAAAUAUCAUUUGUUCAGGCCUCGCCCGUCCUACUCCUCUUCGCCAGGUGCACUCCUUGUACUCGUGGUCAGGGUCUUCCUUCCACUCCUCUCACGUGCGUGUGACGUGCGGCCGAAUUGUGCCAAAAAGGUAUACUUGGUGCGAGCCAUGCCGUCCUUAACUGCUCAGGACAUGCUUUGUCGAUUAGUUGCGCGCAGAAUGGUGGCCUCUGGCCGGGCUUGGCUGCAGCUGUGUUAGGCAGUGCUCCCGAGCUGUGUGUGCGCCUCGCCGAGGGUAGAGGUCCAGUUCUCACCGCCUCGCCGAGGGUAGAGGUCCAGUUCUCACCGCCUCGCUCUCCGGUGGGCAAGGCUUCCAGCCGCCCAGAGUGAGACAGUGCACAGUCCGCACUGCACGCGCAUCAAGCAGGCGAGCCAUUCAAGCAUGGUAGGUGUUCAUUUUAGAAGCAGGCGAGCCAUUUAAGCGUGGUAGGUGUUCAUUUUAGAAGUCAGAGCGCUUUGCUUUAUAGAUAUGGAGCCUUGUGGGGGUCGUAGAAAAUCUCUGUUCAACGUAUAAAAUGUAAAUAUUGCUAAGAAUUUAGUGCUGGAUGAUGUACUGGGAGCACUGGGUCAAAGUUCAUUAUUCCCCGAAUCUUUGUUUCGUAUUUGUGGGUGAUUUCAGUUAAAUGAUGUACUUGUGAACGACGCAUUUGCAAUUCCGGGAUUCAUUGGUAUGUGUUGAUCGGAUUUAAUGCAGUUUAUUCUUGGAGUGCGGAAAAUUGGCCAUUUUAGGUGAGAGGCCUUCCAUGUUGGGUCCUCUGCAUGGCAAGAUACUGUGCGGCAUCAUCCCCACUGCAGUCUGACCCAACAGCAUCAACGGCCAGCGGCCAGCGCGUCUGCCAGUUGGAAGUGUGCCGGGGCAUGAGCUGUCAACAUCUGUUAGCAGAGUUUCUCGAUACUGUCUUCGGCACCGCGCCAUUCAAAUGCACCCAGGAAGUGUGUUUAGUAUUUCGCAAGCACUGAACAAUGUCGGCACUGCACUGUGCUAAUAAAACCAUAUCGAAACUAAUCAAAACGCUUCAUACAUUUGUUUACGUCUGUUCUUUGUUUAACGCAUAGUUUUUUUUUCUUUGAAAAGAAACGACACAUAGCUCCCACAAUGCUUUCGGAAGCCAGCACGUGUCACGCUGGUAUGGCGCGCUGGAGCAGUGAAACGUCCGAGUUGCUCGGGUGAGCUGGGCGAAGUCAACCGCCGCUGGGCUGGGAAUCUCGGAGCUCGCAAUAGGUCUGAAACGGUUGUUGAACCGCCAGGAGUGUGAAACAAAAAUAUUUGGCAUCCAAAUAUAAAGUGUUAUUGCCCAUUAUGUACAGAUUUGAAGACCUUAACUUUGGAAGGUAAUUAGUGAUGUUAUUAGUGUCACGUCGACUUUGUUUCGCCCGCAGCCCGUAAAAAGUGCAUUUUUGCUGUAAGGUAUACGCUCUCAGUAAUACUAAAUCCUGUUAAGGAAUCCUGUACCUCUCCAAGUUUUCCAGGAUAUUUUGGAUUUGGGGAAUCCUUCGACUGCAAAUUCUGUGAGUUCUGUGCUGAUACCUUCAAGUAAAGCAAUCACUUCAUUUCAGUGUAUGAUGUUAUCUUAUAUUACGCAGUUUUGACAUCAGACCAUCCAAGCUCACGCUGGUCUAAAAAGCCAAGUGACCAAAUUGUUAAAUUCAAUGUUUGACCUUUGUGACUCAAUUUUACAUAUCACGGCUCACAUCAGCCGCUAUUCGGCGUAGUUUGACAUUGUAUACAGCGCUGUUGGCUAAUUCGUACCAUGGUUAUUUCUUGCGACCGUGGGCUGGUGCCCAUGCUCAUUACGCCCUACCCUGAUCACCUGACUUGACAUGUCGCAGGGCGUAUCAAAUGCUAAACUUCUGCAAGAUGUAGUGCAACUAGGACUAUAGCUUAUACUGCUUGUCCUGCUGUAUACCGCUUUAGCACGGAUGGCUCACGGAUACACGGAUAUAACACGAUUAUUGUUUUCCUGCUGUCCCCUUUUGGCCUGUCAGUGUUACUUGAUGUGACGUUCAGUGGCAGUGAUGGUGCAGUUUUAUGCUAUCCAAUGGCAUUUUCCACUUGGUUAUAGCAUGAACAGAGAUGGCAGAUUGCGUUGGGGAUCCCCUCGUCUGGCAAAGGCGACAAAAACGCUCUGCCAGCAAUGGUUGAGAAGUCGCUGUUAGAAGUGGGUUGAGGCCAGGAGCAAUGGCUUCACCACCGACCAGCUGGCGGCUAGCCUGCGGGCUGGACGGCGGCCCGGUCGGAGUCGGGGCUCAGGUGGGGAGGGAGGCCGCGGCUCGCCCGUCACACCUACCUCCCACACGCAGCACCCUCCCACCAACACUGAUUGGCUGGCUGAAACACACUGUCCAAUACUCGUUGCUCGCUGCCAGGAGUCAGCUAGCAGCACUGGGUGGUGGCCGGCGGGCGAGCAGUCUGUAUCGGUUUGACUCAAAUCACAGGGCGCACGGCUGCCGGCCGAGGGUAGCCAGCUGGCCGGCGCCUGCAGCGUGGCGCGUGCGGUCGCGGCCGGCGCUGCUCGCGUCGCCCGCUCCACGUCCCGCGCGCCGCUCGCGCCAUGCCGGUGCUGCCUGGGCCUCCGGUCCUCACGGCUCCAAGAGUAGUGUGCUGCAGGUCGUGUCAUUAGCGUUAUGUGCUGCUGAGCUUAAGCGCAACGGUGGAAAUGUGGCGGCUCGCGCCUGGUCUGGCUGCGGUCGACUGCUGUAUAUAAAUAUACGCACGCGUACGCACGGUUAUUGGUACUUGUACGUCUGUGACACACGGUGAAUGUAUACGGCAUGUGAAGCUGGUCCAAUGUAAAGGAUAGUCUUCGUAUUAGUGCGCGAAUAAACUUUGUGAUAAAAUA